AUGGACCGGAAAUUUAGAAGCUAUUCAAGUCAAGAAGAUGGUGAUAGCAAAAAGAAAUUUUAUAUUGCAAUAAGCGACGACGGACGGGAGGUCGUCAAAUUUAAUACAGUCACCCAAACUCUAGAAACCUUUAAAGUCUCUUAUUCUCGACGUAUCGGAAGGCCUCAAUUCGAACCAACAGGCUUCAGUUACAAUGUCAAAAGUGAUUAUAUAUCUACUGCUGAACGUCUAGCACGAUGGAGUAUUGCUAUAUCUAAUGCAAUAAAUGAAGAUGGACUCACUAUAGUUGCACUAUCUUUCUAUGUUACGGAUAAACAGACUGAUAAGAAUGAGCAAGAAAAAUUUCUACUUAAAGAGGAUGGAGGUGAAGAUAGUGAGAGGAAUUCGCCAGAUUAUUCUUCUACUCGUGUGUUUAUUAUAGGUGAUUCAAAGAAUACUGUUGAACAGAAAACGAGCUCCACAAAAAAUGCAAGACGAAUAGCAACUUCAGUAGACUAUGUAGCCGGAAUUGUCAAUUUUACUCCGCUUCCCAAUUCUAAGUAUAAGUGGCUGCUUACAGUGUUGAACGAAGAAGGAUUAUUUCAGCACAAGAUCAAUCCAAAUAAGACUGGGGCAAAAGAUACGGUUCACGCAUACGAUUUAAAGGACGGAAAACACAUCUUAGAAUUCUCUAAUCACAAGAACCCGAGUCUGGUUGGACUUGAAACACCGAUAUACGCAAUAUCAAAUAAUCGUGCCUUAUUAGCGGCUUGUCUUGAUAAUACAUCGGUUGCCAUAUAUCUGCUGGAGAAUAGUUUGGAAUGUGGAAAAAAGCACCUAAUGGAAACUCAGAGAGUAACGCUGAUAGAAUUCAUUAAUGAUGACGAAUGGCUGUUAAUUUUGAAAGAAGAUAGAGAUACACAUGACGUGGAGGCCACUAUAUGGGAACUGUUUACAUGCAGACCUGUCAGGAAUGUAAAAAUUAACGAGCUAAAUAACUUUUUCCAAAACCCCUCUAAUAUUCUUUAUUCUACCGCUUGUGCUGGUAAUACGCCAAUAUAUGUUUCUGACGACGGAGAAUUAAGAUCAUUUCUUGAACAUAUAAUUCUUGAUUCAGAGGAAGAGUCAUUAGACACUAGUAAUGAAAUAGAAUUAGAAUGUCCAAAAGUGUACGAAUUGGAGGAAAGUACAAAAUCGCUGAAAAAGUCGUCAGGGCGAUUGAUUGUGGAUAAAAUGUGGCCAUGGAAAUCUGGUGAUGACAUAAUUGGUGUAUGGUUAGAUAAAGACAAGAGAAAACAAUUUAUUAUUGAAAAGACGUGUGUACAACUAUGGAAAAAAAUCAAGAAUGGUAAACCUCGAUUACUGUACAUGUACGUAAAACCCAAAAAGGGUACCGAGAAAUUCACUUCAAGUGACACAGAGGAAGCUGUUUUGGAUGACAUGAAAGAAAGAAUAUCUGUUCUAGAUGAUACGAAAGAAGGAAUAUCUGUUCUAGAUGAUAUUAAAGAAGAGACGACUAAUUUAGACAAAAAGGAGUAUGAGAAUCUUACUUCAGGUUAUAGCGCUAACAAGCCCAGAAUCGCUAUCGAUGGUGAGAAAUUCCGUUUCAGAAAGACAGCUGACGAGAAUUCUGAAUAUAAUCUGGAGAUUCGAUGGCCGCUCGAUCCUUGUAAAGUAGUUAUCGAUGCAUGUCAGGCACUAUAUGAAUAUGUAGAUAAAGAUUCCAAGCAAAAAGAAGGCAACUACAUUAAAUAUUAUGAGCUGAAACAUCAACUCACUGAUAUUGUUCGAAGAUUCAUUAGAAAACAUCCUAAUGAAUGGCGUCUACUCGAAGUGCGUUAUGAGUUGAUGCAAUGCUUACUUUGUGGAGGAUGUUCUCGUCUGAUAAAGGAGCUUGUCGCAGUAAGUGAUGUUACGGAAGGUGAACACAGCGUUGAUGAAGGAAAUAAAUAUAUGCGAAACUGGCAAAUACCACUCCACUUUCCACGAGAGUAUACAUGGGAAACUGAUGAAGACGGAAAUCCAACGAAGAAAAAGAGCGACUUGAUCAUAACUAUCGAAGAGAAGGCUAAGCUGACUGACAACUUCCUCACCUAUUACGCCCACUUUUCCAACGAACAUUUUGGUUGGAUAUGCACAGUAAGAAAAGCCUUACAUUGCCUAAUUGGGAAAGAGCAUUUAGAUAUUCCUAAAAACAGAUUUUUCGCUCAUCCAUCAUUUAUGGGAAUACCUACAUCCCAACAUGAGAUUCCUUUAAGAACGUACUCAAAUAUCUUUGGUUCGUUACCAAAAUUAACGGACAACUUGAAAUUGCUAAGAGUGGAAAAAGUAGUCGAGAAUAUGAGACAUGUCCAGUUGAAGACGGACAUGAAAACGAUACGUUACAUGAUAAGUUCUCGAAAUCUUUUUUACUUUAUUGUCAUUCCGUCAUACGUGUGGGAAUUCGCUUUACAUAUUUGGCAUAUUGUAUACAGAACGAGGGAUCCGGAGAAGAGCCCUGAAACAUACGUAAAAGUUUUGCGUCGUGUUCCGAUGCCAUGCGAUGAGAAUGUCGCCAAGUUACUUCAGCAGUUUGUCAAUGACGAGUAUAGCGAAAUUAUCUUUGAUAACCCAGCUAUCGCCGGACUUAUUAAUUCGACAUGGGCAGUGGCCUCUUUUUAUUAUCAAGCAUACAUGCUCCUUCAUAUAUAUUUUUUACUAGCAUUCGGCACAUUUGUUUUCUAUUUUAACGACACGGAUAAGCAAAGGGCAAUAGCAUAUAUAACGGGCGCAUUGGGAAUUUGUCUUGUGAUUCUUGAAUUGCUUACGAUACCAUGGCUUACUUCAACUCAAGAAGACUACAUUGGGAGUACAAUAUUACACAUCCUCACUGCUGCUGCCACGUUUAUGCUAUGGCUGAAAUUGCUGAUGCUUUUGAAACCAUAUGAAGGUGUUGGUACUUAUGUAUACAUCAUCAUUAGCAUAUUCGAGCAUAUUUCCUUGUUCUUUGUAUCAUUGUUUCUCCUUGUGUUUGCAAUUGGACACACCAUGUAUGUGUUUUUGCAUGAUCCAUCGGAUGUUAACCUAACACCAGAUUCUCUUUCAUUCGGUGUAAAUCUGACAACUCCCAAUGGCCCCGUCGAGACAAAUUACACUGUGUACCAGAUAUUAGAUGAAAAGACUGUCUCGGACAAUAACUUUGCAAACCUCUGGAAUUCGGUGAUUUCAACUUAUGGCUGGACUAAUGGAAGAUGGGAUGGUCUGGAUUGGAACUCUUAUGCACUUAAAUUAUUCGUUAUAGUUUCAAGUUUGCUUCUAGUUAUUGUUCUGUUGAAUAUCCUUAUUGCUAUCAUUGGAGAUGUAUAUGUCGCUGCUAAGAUAACUGGUAGGCGAGCAAUCGUAAGGUCGCGCGCAAUAUUUUUGGUAUACUAUUGUAGAUGGAUUCUCAAUGCUAUAAGAGAAAGCAAUUCACAAUAUAUAUAUGUCUUUGGUAACCACGUUCAAUUCGAAAAUUGGGGUGAAGAGAAAAAGAAGUUCCGAAAUCUGACUGAUCCACUGGCGGGAAGGGCGGCAAAAAGCGAUAAGAAGAUAAAUUUGGAGGCAUUAAUUCGUAAGAUCGGGAAGGAAAUCAAACUGUUUACGUACAGGAGAGCAUCAUGA